AGAGGAUAGAAAUGAAAAGGAAGAUGAGGGGAAGAAGAUGAUGUCGCAGCUUCACUCCUCCAUCACGUUUAAGCGAACCCACCCUCUCACCACUCCAAAGUUCACUUCUUUGAAGCGCAACAACGUUACGUUUAACACAAUCACCUUCUCCAUCACACUUCCAUCACUCUCUGUCAAAUGCCACAGUUCCCAACUCAUCCAACCCAAACCAUUCCCUUCACCACCACAACAACGUUCUCCAGUUGGGGAAUUGCAGCGAAAGUUUUAUGUGGGUUACUCCAUUUAUACAAGGAAGGGUGUACUCACAGUGUCUCCUAGACCUCCGGAAUUUGAAACAAAAGAUUCUGGGGCAUUCAAAGUAUCUAGGGAGGGUUAUCUGCUCCUCCAGUUUGCUCCUUCAGAUGGUACUGAUGGUGAUAGGCCCCAAUAUGAUUGGAGCAGAAAGCAGAUUUUCUCACUGUCAGUCAGUGAAAUGGGAACUAUAAUUGGCCUUGGUGCAAGAGAUUCUUGUGAACUUUUUCAUGAUAGUUUUAAGCAAAAAAGUGAAGUUGAAGUCAGAAAAGUUUUGAAAGUGGAGCCACUUCCCGAUGCUACUGGACACUUAUUUAACUUACGUGUUGAAAAUCAAAACAAGCCAGAGAACAUGGACGAAACUCAGGAAAGCAUCUAUAUACCUGUUGCGAGUGCAGAGCUAGCAGUUUUCAGGUCAAUUUUCAAUUAUAUCAUGCCAUACCUUCUAGGUUGGCAUGCUUUUGCAAACUCCAUAAAGCCAGAGGUAUUUAGCCGAGCAAAUACUGCCAACCCAAGAUUUGCAGCAGAUUACGAAUGGGACAGAUAGACCCACUUGUGCAAUGUGUAAAGACUCUUGGAAGUUACAACCCCUCUUCCAUAGCUUCUCCACUUUGAAAUGUGUUUAAUCACUUCAUUCUGCUAGCUUAGAAUUGUUUGAGAAAUUUUGAGAUAUCAUUCUAAGAGUACUCAUUUCUAAUUUAAUUAUUUACUCAUUAUAAAUAUUCAUUUGCUCCACUCUCAAGUCCAUCAACAGAAGAGAGGUGAGGUCGCAGCUUUUGCUGAU